AUGGUUUCUUCUAGCAGCACCACAAGUAAUUUCCAGCUACCUUUUCUAUGUGAUGACAACCAGACAAAUGCUAUUAUUGAUGAUUUUCAUCAAAACCCUAAUUCAAUAUUAUCACAUGGUGGCCAUCAUCAAUACUAUUCACAGUACUACUACUCUGAAGACCAGCAGCAGCAGGCACCUGAGUUUCUUGAGCAUGAUGGAAUGCUCUUGAGCUACUUGCUAUCUCAACAGCAGCUCUUGCUUGGCAGCUUCAGUACUACUACUAAUGUAGCGACUGAUUACAACCCCACUCGAGCUCACGAGAGCACUGAAAUUAGCAUCGCGGCUUCAAAUUCAAACAAAGCAAUGGAGGUUAUCCAUCGUGACUAUGAAGAUGGUCGCAAUGAGCUCACCAUUAACACGGCUGCAGCUUCAAAGAUUAAGAUAAAUAAUGUGAAGAUUAAUGGAGGAGGAGGAGGAGGAGAGAAAAAGGCAAAUGUUGCUCGAAAGAGAGCGAGUGGGAAAAAAGACAGACACAGCAAGAUCUACACAGCUCAAGGCCCGAGAGACCGGAGAAUGAGGCUGUCCGUCCAAAUUGCCCGUAAGUUCUUUGAUCUUCAAGACACGUUGGGAUUUGACAAAGCCAGCAAAACAAUUGAGUGGCUUUUCACAAAGUCCAAGAGCGCCAUCAAGGACCUCAAGCAGCACCUCCUCGUCUCACCCAAGGAAGAUUACAACAGCACAAAUGGUGGUGCAACUGCAAAGGUGAAUUCAUCUGAGAAUACUACCGGUGAAGUCGCAUCGAGAAUUAUGGAGCCUAGUAGUAGUGAUGCAAACGGUGACAUUUCCGUUGGGUUCGGUAGAGAGAAAAGGAACAGGAAGUUGUGCGUGGUUGCGAGGGAAUCAAGGGUGGAGGCAAGAGCAAGGGCAAGGGAGAGAACAAGGGAGAAGAUGAUGAGGAUCAGAGGGUUUGAUCAAGAUCAUCAACAUUUAACAAAGCAAAGUCCUAAGCAUCAAGAACAACAAAACCCUAAUGAAUUGUUUGAAACAGCUGGAAUGAUGAACUCAACGAUGAUGAGCACUAAUUGUCGCAACGAUGGUCAGAAAAUUGUGGGCAGAACAAGUAGUGGUUGUGGUGGUGCACAAAGAUCGUUGUUGAAUUUUGAUUUUUGGCGACAUGUUUCAGAGGCAAGUGGAGCAAAUUCCGAGGAUUGUGGUUUUCCAGGGAAUUGGGGAGCAAUCAACUACACCAAGAAUAUUAUUACAGGUAACGUGCUGCAAGUAGAGCAAAACCCUACCUCAUACCCAAAACAACAGAACCCUAGAUCAAUUUUUGGGGAAGGUACACAAGAGCAAAACCCUAAUUCAAUUUUUCUCACCACCUUUAUCAAGGCUCAAGACCCAUAA